AUGCUUUUGGCACUGUUGCUCACGCUCGCUGGCGUGGUAGCCUCCACAGCGCAGUCAUAUGACUAUGGCAUUGAUAUAGACCAGAUCGUCCGCAGACAAGACCCUUCGGCCAAGAUUAUCGUCGGCAAAUUGCCUUUGGCUUCUAAUGGAAGCACGCCCAUUAGGCCCGAGAUACGCGAGUUGAGAAAGGACGGCUAUAUGUGGGAUCUGUACAUCCUAGCCCUGAGCAUGUUUCAGUCCGUCAGCCAGGACCAGUCGCUAUCGUGGUACCAAAUUGCAGGUAUUCAUGGCGUUCCGUUUCAACCGUGGAAUGGCGUCCAGCCUGCGCCAGGAGCAAGCCAGUCAGGCUAUUGCACUCACAGCUCAGUGCUCUUCCCUACGUGGCAUCGUCCCUAUCUAGCACUCUACGAGCUGGCAAAUGCCAUUGCCAGUCUGUUCACCAACUCGACGGAGCGAGGGUUGUACCAGCACGCUGCCUCCCGAUUCCGUAUUCCGUACUGGGACUGGAGCUUGCCCGCUCCCGCUGGCGAGACUCAUCUUCCAGAUUGCUUCUGGAGCCCGGUUAUUGUACAAUAUGGGCCAAAUGGAGCACAACAUAUUCGCAACCCGUUAUUUUCGUAUAUGUUCCACCCAGUAGACGAAGAUGCCUUUAUCUGGAAUCCACUCAAACACUGGAACGAGACGAAGCGAGCGCCGAACAUGACGGUAAGCGAGACUGCACCGCCUUCGGAAAACUUCCAGGUUAGUGCCGCGCUCUUGUCGAAACUACCAGAGUUGCAGCAACGACUCUACAUCAUAUUCUCAAAUUAUCACGAUUAUAAUGCCUUUAGCAACAAGGCUUGGGCAGCGUCCCAAAAAGCGUCAAACCUCGACUCUCUCGAAUCCGUCCACGACAUUAUUCACUUGUAUGGAGGCCUGAAGGGACACAUGACAUACGUUCCGUUGUCGUCGUUUGAUCCUCUCUUCUUUUUGCAUCAUACAAUGGUAGAUCGCCUAGUGUCAAUCUGGCAAGUGCUGAACCCGAAUGCGUGGAUCCAACCUAUGGCGAGUGGCGAGACAAGCUACACGGCGCCGAAAGGAACUAUUCAGGAUUCCAGCAGUCCUCUGGUUCCGUUUUAUGCUACGUCAGAUACAUUUUGGACCUCGGAAACGUCCAGGACGACGGAAAUAUUUGGAUACACCUACACCGAUACAGGCCUGCACGUCGGCGACAGAGGUGCCUUGGAACAGUCGCUGGUGCGCAAGAUCAAUAGCUGGUAUGGAGCUUCCAGCCCAGCCGGAAUCGUCGCAAAAGAUUCGCAGCUCCGAGUUACUGCAUUACAAAGGACUGGUGGGCCUUGGAGUACAAAGGCAUCGAAAGGAGUGCCAAAUAUCAAGCUGACAGCGAUGGAUCCUCCUGCCUACAAGAUUGUCAAAGCGGGCGAGUACAGGGAAUGGAUCGCCAAUGUGCAGGUUAAUGUCGAAGCGUUGGAAGGAGUAUUCGACGUCCAUUUCUUUGUGGGCGCACCGGCGGACAAUUCGGCGGACUGGGCUUUGUCGCCAAAUCAAAUCGGCACCGUUGCCAUUUUUGCCAUGAAUCGGUCAACGGGGUCGAAAGCCAAAAUAUCUGGCACAUUACCGCUAACGUCGGCACUCAUGAAACUCGUCGCGACUGGAGCCUUGCCCAACUUGGAUUCCAGCGCCGUCAGACCUUUUCUGCAACGCACAUUGGAGGUCAGAGUGCGCAGCCACAAUGACAGCGUAAUUGAGUUGGCUCGCGUUGAGGGUCUCGAUAUCGAAAUCUCCAGCACUAUCGUCAAAGUCCCUCAAAGCGAUGCCGAACUCCCUGCAUGGGGUGAGGCUACUUCGGAGUGGACAGUAUGGCGUGAGGAAACAUGA